CUGGGAGGGUACAGAAUGGGGGGGACAGGGGAGAACAGGGUGGGGGGUCUGCCCCCCCCUCACCUGUGUGGUUUGGGGUGCCAGGUGGGCUACGAGAACGCGGGCACGGUGGAGUUCCUGGUGGACCAGAACGGGGACUAUUAUUUCAUCGAGGUCAACUCGAGGCUGCAGGUGGAGCACACGGUCACCGAGGAGAUCACCGACGUGGACCUGGUCCACGCCCAGCUCCAGGUGGCCGCGGGCCGGUCCCUGCCCGAGCUGGGGCUGGUGCAGGAGAACAUUCGGGUCAAUGGUUGUGCCAUCCAGUGCCGCGUCACCACCGAGGACCCCGCGCGCGGCUUCCAGCCCGACACGGGACGCAUCGAGGUGGGGACAGCGCGGGGACACCGCGGGGGGGCACUGGGACACU